AAAAAGUGUCGUUCGUAUAAGGCCAAGCCUCUUGAUAAGGAAUUAUUUGCACACCCGUGUACUUAAAAAUCCACAGUAAACAGCUUGGUGCACCAAUGUUAUAAAAUAUCAGAUUACAAGUGUUUGACUAGUCGACCAUGUGAAAAUUUCAUUGAUUGAGACAUACAGCAACAGAACAUAUGUGAAGGAAAACAGUGCACGACAAGGAAAGCUUUAAGCGAAUCCAUCAUGAACUGCCUCGAAAGUUGCUUCGUAGGAAAAGUGCUAAAAAACUUAAAUGUACUUUAAUAUAUCAUAUUUCAAGCCUCGACUCAACUUCGAAGCCUACCUAGAGAAAAAUGUGCUUGUUUUAUAAAAAGCUGUAAAAAAGAAGGAGAAAAGAGCGAGAAGAACAUUUAAGACGUACGACGAUAGUACUUAUAAAGGCCAGAAAGGGAAGGUGAACAUCGACUCAAGAGAGUUCAAGAAAAUAAUUAGAGUAACAACAUAAUGGCAAAAACUAAGGGUUUCCUUUCCAC